CGAGAGGCGAAAGUUCUCGACUCACACUUCGCUGGACUACACGACGCAAUCUAAGCUACGAAACCCAUUGGAACGACAAAAGACAAGCAGAAAACAAUACGCAAGGCUGGCCACGCAAGCUUCUGUCCUAUCGACACCGCUUCCCACCCCUUCGCUUGGUCGCGGACGUGCAACCCACAGCUUCGAGGUAUUACACAUCGGCGCGUCGGCUACAGACCUCCUUCCACAAGCCUAUCGCAAUAAGAACUGCGACGACUGCACGUGCGUGCAUUGAAGAAGCAAGAAGCACGCCGGUUCGCGCGUAAUCCGGGAGUUUCGUGGGCGUUUUGGGACCUGGUUGCGGGACCACUAACUAGACUGCUUUUCCAACGAGGCAUUUGUUGAAUUCUCGUUGGGACGAGCUUGAACUAGGAUUGGUGUUGAGGCUUCUGCUUGGGGUCCAAUUGCUCUGUAGAGGAGAUUUGGUGUUGCUGGAGAGUGCGGAAAUAUGGCUUCUACCGCGCAGAGAAGCGUGUUAGGAAGACAUGUUGUGAGAAAUGCUCAGCAGUAUGGAGAGACUCGAAAUUCUUUUCUGCGGCAAACGCGCACGACGACAUCUGAUGCGGCGAUCUCUUGCGUAAGACAAUGCGUGGGAGCUGGGAGUGGGAGGAGGGGACUGUCCACGUUUGCUGCUGCUGCGGGUCAUCGCAGACCGCUUUUGUUGUCUGCCGUUGGCCUAUCUUCGAGGGAUAUAAAAGCCAGGUCAGACAUUUCUUUCAGAUCUGGAAGCACGUCGUUCGUUGCUCUGGAUUCAUCAAGGACGAGGAGAACGAUGGCUACGCAUGCAGAUCCUACAACGCAGCAGGUCCGUAGGGACUCUGCUAUGUCGAAUGUUGAGGAGGCUUACGAGGCUGUCGUGGUGGGAGCUGGACCUGCUGGGAUUACAGCUGUUGGGAAUUUGCUGGAACAAGGUCUUACGAAGAUCCUGUGGGUCGAUGAGUACUUCAAUGGCGGGAGAGUGAAUCAGUACUACCGGGAAGUGCCUUCGAAUACGAAGGUGAAGCUGUUUAUCGAUUAUGCGCAAGCGCUCUCGCCAUUCAGAGAAAUUGUCGGCGGUGCGCAGGCUCAAGACGGAUCAACUACUGCAACAACAAAAGCCAGUAGCGAAGACAAACUCCGCGCUCUCCGCCAGCUUGAUCAAGAAAAGGGAUGCAAUCUCGGCCAUGCGGCGGACAUGUGCCUCAUACUUACGGAAGGCCUCAAACAGCAUCCUUCGAUCACGGCACACCUCGGUCGGAUUUCAGAAGGCUCUCUGGAUCCAACCUCACAAACUUGGACGCUUAGUCUACCCAACUCGAGCAAUACCAUUCAGACUCAGCGCCUGGUUCUGUGCACCGGCUCCUCACCUCUCGAUCCGCCUCUCCCCUUUUCUCCUCCAAACGAGAUCCGCCACAUCAACCUCGACGAUGCCUUAUCACCUACCAACCUCCAAUCCCUCCUCUCACCUCUUGGACCCACCACAGUUGCCGUCAUUGGCGCCUCACAUUCCGCCGUCCUGGUCCUCAUGAACUUAUCCCACAUUGCUCUCACAUCCAAAUCUGACCUGCGAAUCAAAUGGUUCACCCGCCAUCCUUUGCGAUACGCAGAAUACUAUGACUCGUACAUUGCGAGGGAUAAUACUGGUCUGAAAGGCGAAGCAGCGGAUUGGGCCAAGCGGAAUUUGGAAGAAGGAAAAUUGGAGAAGAGUGAUGUCGGGAAGGUCGUACAGAAAGUUGCGUACCAGAAGGGUGAGGAAGAAUCUGUCUACCGAGAACAUCUAAGAGACGGGAAAACGGGGUUCGUGGUGCAAGCGAUUGGAUACUCGAGGAAUCCAAUCCCUGAACUGAAGUUUUCGAAUGGGAAGGAGAUCGAAGAGGUGAAAUUUGAUCACGAUCGAGGAUGUUUCUGGUAUGGGAAAGAAGGGGAGAAGAAGGUAUUGCCGGGAGUUUAUGGAGCGGGCAUUGCAUUUCCGCAGAGGGUGGUGGAUAAGAAGUAUGGGCAUGAGGAGUUUAAUGUGGGAUUUUUCAAGUUUAUGAAGGCGGUGAAGGGAUGGGUAGGAGGGUGGAAGGAUGGUGUAAAGGUGGAGGCAUGAGACAGGAUAUAGGAGCGGUAAUUCGUGGUUUAAUGAGUAAUCGGGAUGGUGAUAGAGCUAGAAAUGUAAGAUAGCUGGGGAGCAGUAUGACAUGAAAUCAAACCCG